CGACCCGUAGGUGGGCGUGGCGCAGGGAAGUGCCUGGCAGGGUUACCGGGUUCCCGCACUGCUUCCGGGACACACAUACAUUAUUUACCUCUGUACCGCCGCUGCGCAACGCGUCUGUACCGGCUCUGACGGUGCAGCUAGCAGGUCAUAUUCUUCAUGGUGGGAACAAGCAGCAAGUAAGCCACCUCAAUGGAUGCAGACAGUGAUGUGGCAUUAGAUAUUUUGAUCACAAAUGUUGUAUGUGUGUUCCGAACAAGAUGCCAUUUAAACCUGCGAAAGAUUGCUUUGGAGGGAGUAAAUGUCAUAUACAAGCGUGAAGUUGGAAAGGUGUUAAUGAAACUUAGAAAGCCCAGAGUAACUGCUACAAUCUGGUCAUCAGGAAAAAUUAUUUGCACAGGAGCAACAAGUGAAGAGGAAGCUAAAUUUGGUGCCAGAAGAUUGGCUCGUUGUUUGCAGAAGCUUGGAUUUUUGGUCAAGUUUACAGAGUUUAAAGUUGUCAAUGUCUUGGCAGUAUGUACUAUGCCAUUUGAAAUAAGGUUGCCAGAAUUUACCAAGCGAAAUCGCCCUCAUGCUAGUUAUGAACCUGAACUUCAUCCUGCAGUUUGCUAUAGGAUAAAGUCCCUGAAGUCAACAUUGCAGAUAUUUUCCACCGGAAGUAUUACAGUCACAGGUCCAGAUGUAAAGUCCGUUGCAACAGCCGUGGAGCAAAUUUACCCAUAUGUGUUUGAAAGCAGAAAACCGAUUUUGUAAAUAACCACUUCUGGUUUGAGAUUUUAAGACUAGGCACCUUUUUUUCUUUUUAUUCUUUUUUAAAGAAACAGAAGAUAUAACUACAACUUGAUCAAAUAAAUCAGGACCAACAAAGAGACAAUACCUGUUGUCUGUAACAGUGUUGAGAAUCUCUGGACUCGGAGACAUUUCUGUGUUAGGAAAGGACUGUUUACAAGACUUGGACCUGCUGCUUUUAAACAACUGUGCUAUUUAUUUGUGAAGUAAUCCCAAUGUACUCAUACGGAGAGAGCUGUAAUGAUGUGCACUAACGCAAAUCCUCAAAUCCUCUGUUUGAGCUUGUGGUUUAUUUAUGGUCUUUUACUAUUUUUAUUUUUUUGUUUUGUUUUUAAUAUGGGCACCAAAGAAACUGUAAAAGUUUUCUUCUCACUCAUUGAAUGUGUUUUUAUAAAUGUUCUGUUGUCAUAGCACAAAUACUUUUUCUUUUCUUGGUUAUGUAAAUAUUUUUUAAUAAAAUUUAAUUGAUUAACAUGUU